AAACAUGGCCGCUGAAGUUCCUCCUCUGGAGAAGAAGUAUGUCAAGAACAAGAUAUCCUCGCUGAGUGCAGGCAUUCAGGUAGCCGAGGACGAAGGGGCCAAACGCCGAGAAAUUCUCUCCCACAUAAAAUCCGUGAAGCAUGACGGGCAGUUUCAGCUGGACGACUUGGAGUUUCCCGGAGGGUCGGCGUGGUUCAACAGCGGCCCACUCUCCCUGUCCGGGGACCUGAGAGGCAAGCUGGUGGUCCUGGAUUUCUUUACGUACUGCUGCAUCAACUGCAUGCACGUCCUGCCCGACCUCGCCUCUCUGGAGCGGGCUCACCCGGUCGAGGACGGCCUCGUCGUAGUCGGAGUCCACUCGGCCAAGUUCCUCAACGAAAAAGUCUCCGAGAACAUCGAGAAUGCCGUGAGACGCUACGAGAUCUCCCACCCCGUGGUGAACGACAGCGACAUUGUUCUGUGGAACCAGCUGGGCGUGGUGUGCUGGCCGACGCUCGUCGUCCUUGGCCCCAGCGGGCGCCUUCUCCAUUACAUCAUUGGAGAAGGCCACGGACCGGAGCUGGCGCUGUUUGUAGACACGGCUCUGGAGUACUACAGGAGAGAAGGUAGUCUCGCUGGAGGAUCCAUCCCAGGAGGUGGGGGGAGAGGGGGAGAGGGAGGAGGAGGUGUCACUGAAGCUACUCCACUCAGAUACCCGGGAAAGGUGGUGUGUGGGAGGGAGGAGGGGGAGGAGAAGCUGUAUGUAUCGGACACAGGCCACCAUAGAGUGGUGGUAGUGGACAGAGGGACCGGGGCAGUGACUGCUGAGUAUGGAAGCGGAGAGCCAGGUCUGAUAGACGGAGAAGCGCAAGAGGCGCGGUUUCGUUCUCCGCAGGGACUAGUUCGGGACGGCGACAACCUGUACGUGGCAGACACAGAGAACCAUGUCGUUAGAAAGGUGGAUAUGGGUAGUGGAAGUGUUAGUACCGUGACGGGGACAGGUGUGCAGGGGAAUGACAAGGAGGGAGGAGGGAAGGAGAGGCUGCAGGAGAUUAGCUCUCCCUGGGAUCUGGCUCUUGGAGAUUCUGGCACUGGUGGUGGUGGAGCUGUGCUGUACAUAGCAAUGGCUGGGACCCACCAGAUCUGGGCCCACUUCCUCACAGACUGCACCUGGAUCAGAGGGAGUCAGCAGGAGAGAGGGGUGACUGUCAGAUUCACUGGGUCUGGAGAGGAAGCCAACAGAAACAACUCCUACCCUCACAAGGCCUGUUUUGCUCAACCCUCUGGAGUAACUCUCACCAAAGGUGGUCUGAUGUAUGUUGCUGACAGUGAGAGCAGUACAGUGAGGUGUGUAUCUCUGAGAGAUGGCGGUGUGAAGGCAGUGGUGGGAGGAGCCAUUGAUCCUCUGGAUCUGUUUGCCUAUGGAGAUGUGGAUGGGAAGGGGAGAGAGGCUAGACUGCAGCACCCACUGGGUGUGGUCUGGAGCGAGAGGGAGAAGCUCCUCUAUGUGGCUGACUCUUACAAUCACAAGGUAAAAGUCGUUGACCCUGCAACAAAACGGUGCACCACCUUGGCCGGGACGGGCCAGAGUGGUCUUGUUGACGGUCCUUUUGAGCACGCUCAGUUCUCGGAGCCGGGUGGUCUCUGUCUGGACCCCACGGAGAGGGUACUGUUUGUUGCCGACACCAACAACCACGCAAUACGUGUCCUGGACCUGGACCAGAGGACCGUAACACAGCUCAGAGUCGAAGCUCCAGAUGUGUCAGUUACCAGAAGUGGGACUGGGCCCUCAGCUCCAGGGUUCAAGAGGUUGACUGGGAAGAGGGCACAGGUCGUGCAGUGUCCACCGGUGACUGUGGGAGGAGGAGGAGGAGGGGGAGAGGUUAGAUUGGCUCUCCACGUCACCCUCCCUCCUUCAACUGACUGGACCAGUGGAGCCACCAGUGCCUGGCAGGUCAUUCCAGAACCAGGUGUGUUGGAGAGCUGCCACCCAGCGAGGGGAGUGAUUCAGCCAGACCAGGACAUAUCACUGACCCUGGUCACUGCCGAGGGACUGGAGCCUACCAGUUCCACUGUACAGAUCGAGUUGCUGGUCUACUUCUGUGAGGCGUCUGGAGUGUGUCACAUGCAGGGGGCACUGCUGGCAAUCCCUCUCGUCCCCUCCCAGUCUCCAGCCUCCACACCUUCCCAGGUCACACUUCACUACUCCCCUCGGCUCCCCAAGACCGCCUGACAGCAGCAGGAAGUGGAGACAGGGAGACAAAAAUCUCCAGAAUCAACUAUAAACUAUAAUAAUUGUAGUUUUCCACUUUCACUGGGUUCCUGAUCACUUCAAAUCUAGUCACUUUCAGAAAUUAAUUGAGUCUGGGCUAUAUUAUGGUGUAACAGUAUAGUCUAUGAGUACUUUGUA